GAAGAAUGAGAGCAAGUGAUAGAUCGGUUCUUUGAUCUUAGAAAGAGAGAGCGAGAAUGGAAGAGGAGAUGGUGCAAACUCAGACGACGAUGGUGACCACGACAGACGGAGAAGCCGCCGCCGUCUUCAAGAAAGUUAAUCGUCCUGUUACUUUGAAGUUUGCAGAUGUUGUGUACAAGGUUAAACCAGAAAAAGGAGGAUUCCUAAAGAAGUCAAAAUCCGAAGAGAAAACAAUCUUAAAAGGCAUCACAGGCAUAGUCCUGCCCGGUGAAAUGCUAGCCAUGUUAGGCCCUUCCGGUAGUGGCAAAACCACUCUCCUAACAGCACUCGGUGGCAGACUCAGUGGCCGGCUCAAAGGAACAAUUACUUACAAUGGCGAGCCCUUCUCCAACAUAAUAAAGCGAAACACCGGUUUCGUAACACAAGACGAUGUCCUCUAUCCGCACUUGACCGUUACAGAAACGCUUGUAUUCACAGCCCUUCUCCGAUUACCUAAUACUCUCACAAAAUUGGAAAAAAUUGUCUAUGCCCAAGCUGUUAUAACUCAACUCGGAUUGACCAAGUGCAGGUACAGCAUUAUCGGGGGGCCUUUUUUGAGGGGAAUUUCUGGGGGAGAGCGUAAAAGGGUGAGCAUAGGGCAAGAAAUGCUUAUUAAUCCGAGUUUGUUAUUUUUGGAUGAGCCAACAUCGGGGCUUGACUCAACGACUGCUCAAAGGAUUGUGUCGACGCUUUGGGAGCUAGCGAAUAAUGGAGGGAGAACGGUGGUGAUGACAAUACACCAGCCUUCGAGUAGGCUGUUUUACAUGUUUCAUAAGGUGCUGCUGUUAUCGGAAGGCAAUCCUUUGUAUUUUGGAAAGGGAGAAGAAGCCAUGGAUUACUUCUCGAGUAUCGGAUAUGAGCCAUCGGUUGCCAUGAAUCCUUCUGAUUUCCUGUUGGAUCUUGCAAAUGGUAUUGCAUCAUAUGAUUCUCAGGAGGAUCCAGCAGUGGUUAAGCAGGUUUUGAUUUCUGCUUUUAAGAACAACAUUGCUGAAAAUUUGAAAGUAGAAGUUCAAGAAAUCGACAUGGGCCCUCGCAGGGGAUUGGAAGACAAGCAGUGUGCUAGGUGGACCACAACUUGGUGGCAACAGUUUACAGUUUUGCUCAAAAGAGGAGUGAAAGAAAGGAAACACGAGUCAUUCUCUGGCCUUAAGAUUGGACAAGUCCUUGUGGUAGCUAUCCUUUCGGGGCUCCUAUGGUGGCAAUCCGGUAUAACUCACUUACAAGAUCAGAUAGGGCUUCUGUUCUUCUAUUCUGGAUUUUGGGGCUUCUUCCCACUCUUCCAAGCCAUUUUCACUUUCCCCCAAGAACGAUUGAUGCUCGAAAAGGAAAGAUCUUCGGGCAUGUACCGUCUCUCCUCAUAUUUCAUGGCGAGGAUCAUUGGUGACUUACCAAUGGAGCUUGUUCUCCCCACAGUUUUCCUCACCAUAACGUACUGGAUGGCCGGGCUCAAACCCAAAGCAGAAAAUUUCAUGGAAACCCUAUUUGUCCUCCUCUAUAGUGUCCUAGUUUCUCAAGGCCUAGGACUCGCUCUUGGCGCUGCAGUCAUGGACCAAAAAUCGGCCACAACGCUUGGAUCGGUCAUCAUGCUUUCAUUCCUUCUAGCCGGAGGGUACUAUGUUCAACAUGUCCCGGCUUUCAUAUCUUGGAUCAAGUACAUUUCUAUCAGUCAAUACACAUACAAGCUCUUGUUGGGAUCGCAAUACAAGCCCACCGAUACAUACCCGUGUGGCGACACUGGGACUUGUUUGGUUGGGGAGUUGCCUUCUAUAAAGCUCGUGGGACUCGAUGGACGAGUGUUGUCGGUGGUGGCUUUGGCUGUAAUGCUCAUAGGUUACAGGCUCAUGGCCUAUGUUGCCCUAAUGAGGAUUGGAGUGGCAAGAACAUAGGUUGUUUUUGUUCCAAACUGUGACAAAAGUUUUCUUUGGAUUACAGUGAGAAAUCUAGACGAGAUUCCAACUAUAUAGAUCGUAGAUAUGUACUAGGUUUUGUGUCAAAUUGAAGUUAUUAUCAAACAUGAAGCAUCAAACUAAG